AUGGCAGUCAAUGGUAACAGUGUUCCGGCCAUAAAGGAUAACACCAUUGGUCCUUGGAAACUAGGUGAAACCUUGGGCCUAGGUAGCACUGGCAAAGUUCAGCUAGCUCGUAAUAAAUCUACAGGACAAGAGGCCGCAGUAAAAGUGAUAUCAAAGACAGUAUUUAAUACAGGAAAUGUCAGUGGUACUUCUAUUGUCGGCUCUACCACACCAGAUGCUCUACCUUAUGGUAUAGAACGUGAGAUAAUUAUUAUGAAGUUGUUAAACCACCCAAAUGUGUUACGUCUAUAUGACGUCUGGGAAACGAAUGCAGAUUUAUACCUUGUAUUAGAAUACGCAGAGAAAGGCGAAUUAUUCAACUUAUUAGUCGAAAGAGGACCACUACCAGAAAAUGAGGCCAUCAGAUUUUUCAGGCAAAUUAUUAUUGGUGUUUCAUACUGCCAUGCUUUAGGUAUUGUUCAUCGUGAUCUGAAGCCCGAAAAUCUAUUAUUAGAUCAUAAAUAUAACAUCAAGAUUGCAGAUUUUGGUAUGGCUGCAUUAGAGACCGAGGGAAAACUACUGGAGACAUCCUGUGGGUCCCCACACUAUGCUGCACCAGAAAUUGUGUCUGGUAUACCGUAUCAAGGUUUUGCGAGUGAUGUGUGGUCAUGUGGUGUCAUCUUAUUUGCUCUUCUUACUGGCCGGUUACCUUUUGAUGAGGAAGACGGAAAUAUAAGAACAUUAUUGCUCAAAGUUCAAAAAGGUGAGUUUGAACUACCUUCUGAUGAUGAAAUCUCACGUGAAGCUCAGGACUUGAUCAGUAGAAUUUUAACUGUUGAUCCUGAAAGAAGAAUCAAGACUAGAGACAUACUCAAACAUCCAUUAUUACAAAAAUAUCCAAGUAUAAAAGAUUCCAAGAGUAUUAGAGGUUUGCCAAGAGAAGACACCUAUCUCACACCACUAUCAGAAAGCAAUUCUUCAAUUGACGCUACUAUUUUACAAAAUUUGGUAAUACUAUGGCACGGAAGAGAUCCUGAUGGAAUUAAGGAAAAAUUAAGAGAAACUGGUGCCAAUGCGGAAAAGACAUUAUAUGCAUUAUUGUAUAGGUUCAAAUGCGAUACUCAAAAGGAACUUGUUAAGCAACAGCAAAUUAAGAAAAGGCAAUCAAUUAGUAGUUUAUCCAUUUCUCCUUCUAAAAAACUAUCAACAACUCCACAACGCAGAAAAAAUAGGGAAUCUAUGAUUAGUGUAUCAUCGUCUCGUAAAAAGCCAAUAUCUUUUAACAAAUUCACUGCUUCCAGUGCUUCAUCCAGUAAUUUGACUACGCCUGGAUCUUCUAAACGGCUUUCAAAGAAUUUUUCUUCAAAGAAGAAACUAUCUACAAUUGUUAAUCAAUCCUCUCCAACACCAGCAUCACGUAAUAAAAGAGCUUCAGUUAUAAAUAUUGAAAAAAAUCAAAAAAGAGCUUCUGUCUUUUCUACUGCCAAGAAAAACAAAAGAACUUCUAAAUCCAUCAAGAGAAUGUCAUUGAUACCUAGCAUGAAACGAGAAUCUGUAACAACCAAGUUAAUGUCAACAUAUGCAAAGUUGGCAGAAGAUGACGACUGGGAAUAUAUUGAAAAAGAAACAAAAAGAACAAGCUCGAACUUUGCAACUUUAAUUGAUGAAAUUUUUGAAUAUGAGAAAUAUGAACAAAUAAGAAAAGAGAAGGAAGAACUAGAACGUAAAGUUAGAGAAGCCAAAGCACGUGAAGAGUUGGAACGUAGAAGACGUAGGCAAGAGGAAAAAGAGCGUACAAGAAAAUUACUAGAGAAAGAAGAACUGAAAAUGAAACAGGAAGAACUCAAGAAGCAGAUUGAAAUGGAUAUAAGCGAUUUGGAGCAAGAACUGUCUAGGCACAAAGAAGAGAAACCAGAUGGUAAUAUUAGAUCGAUUUCUGCUCCGAUGGAAAACGAAGAGAAAAACAUCGAUCAUUUGGGGACUGAUAUCGAUAAUAUCCUUCGUCGCCGUAAUUUUUCUUUACAAACUAGACCAGUAUCAAGACUUGAUCCUGGAAUAGUGUUCUCAAACCCUAUUGAGACAGUGUAUCCAGUAGAACCGAAGAGGAGUGAAAAUGAAAGACUCACAACAGAGAAAAAAAUUCUAGAAACUAUUAGAAGAUCAAAAUUUCUGGGUUCUUCAUUUAAUAUUGAGAAAGAAUUGAAACUGUCUAAAAUGGAAUAUCCAAGUGUUCUGGCGCCCGAAAAAUUGUCAGGGGAGAGAGUAGUAUCAGACCUUAACGGCAAAUAUGAAUCUUUGAUUCUUCCGAAGGAUGCUAAAGGUGUAUCUCAGUUAAAGGACGAUAUUACCUCAACUACAACAGAACAUCUGUCAGAUGGAAAAUUAAGGAAAAUUUCUGAGGUAAGAGUACCACAGUUUACCAGAAAAUCGAGGCAUUUUAGUGAGUCAAACAAAAGGUUAUCUCUCUUAUCGAUGUACUCUACCAAGGAGUCAUUUACCAACUUGGUCGAUAUUCUAAAAAACAGCAACCUCGAUGUUAAUAACCAACAAAGUCAAAGAAUUCCAACACCAAGAAGUGCAGAUGACUCAGAAUUUCUUUUUGAAACUGUCAAUGAAGAAGCCGAAUAUACUGGGAAUAGUUCAAACGAUGAGAGAUUGUAUGAUGUGGGUGACUCCACCAUUAAGGAUAAAACUGCAUUAAAGCUAAACUUUGCAGACCGUUUUAAUGAAUCCACCGAAUAUAAGGAAACUGAUAACUUGCAUCUUCCAAGCCUUCCUCCACUAAGUGGUGACGAUGAAAUGCGAAAACAGAACAGCGAGGAAGAUUCCCUGGUACAACCAAAAGUCAAGUCAAUGAUACCACAGUCGGACUCUUCUUCACAUACUGAAAAAGUGGAAGAGAAAGAGGGCGAAAGCCAAGAAGUACAAGAAGAAAGCGAGAAAGAAGCAAAAGAUAUAGAACCACCAUUGAAUAAAUCUGUACAAAAACUUAGGGAAAAGAACCCUGGUCCACAAGAAAAAGACCACCAAAGGGACCAUUUAAAAGAGCAUAAGCAGGAUAGAAAUACUACUGGAAAUAGCUCCUUUUUCAGAAAAUUUUCAAAAUCUUCUGCUUCGGACAAAUUAGUAGAAUUAUAUGCCAAGGUUUCGGCAAGACAGUUAUUUAAUGGUUUAGAGAAACUGUUGCGUGGUUGGACUCAAUUUGGUUUGAAAAAUAUUAAAUCACAUCCGAACAACUUAACCUUAACUGGUAAACUAUCGAGUGAAAAUAUAUUCUCUUUGCGUUCAACGCUGUUUGAGAUCAACAUUUAUCCAAAAGGUAGGAUGAGUGUUGUGCAAUUCAAGAAAAUUUCUGGUUCAUUCAAAGCUGUUAAAAAGCUCGUUAAUGAGGUUGAAAACGUCUUGAAUAAGGAAGGUGUUUUACAAAAAUAG